UUCAUUCGACCAUCUGUGGCGGACGCCAGCGGUUCCAAGUGCUAGCGAACCCCUUGCCGGCACGGGCUAGCGCGUACGCGACCGUCGCGGAACCCCCCUUGGUCGGCCGCAUCCGCCGCAGAACCUAGUCGCACCAUGACGGGCCUCAGGUCGGAGCAGCUGAGAUGCACUGGCGGCCUCCUCCUGCUCCUCGUGGCCACCUCGUCGCUCGCCUCGGCGCAGCUGGCCGGCAACUCCACGCGCGCUGUGCCUGUGACGGGCCUCUCUGUCGGCCGGACCACAGCUUCAACGACGACGGCAAAGCCGGACCCCAUCAAGGAGGCUUUCGACUCCCUGUCGGAACGCAUCACGCGAAUCAUGUUGAAAGAGUUCUACCCGAUGGUCAGCGAGCUCAUCUACGAUCAGCGCCUUUCAACGGGCUGUAUCGGAUCGCUCAUGAAGAUCGGCCCGGCCUUGAAAAACUUGGACAUCUGGGCCGUAGAAAUGGUGGACGCCAUCGGCAAGCCGCACGCAGGCAUUACCCAGGGCCGCAUCGCUGUAUACGGCGCGUACGAACAGUGCCUGUCCAUUAGGCACAACGAGAACCUGUUCCAGGGCAGGUACUGCAUGAUACACAUGUACUACGACGGUGCUGACCUGCCACCUAAGGUGUACGAAAUCGCCGAAAAGUUCCUCGCCCACCACAGACUAGGAUAUAUUGGAAACGUUUCACGAUUGGCCGACAAGGAGUUAUUGGCUAUGAUCCCGCUUCUCAAGUACGGCGUUUGUUUACCUUCCGUCUGUCAUCGGGAGGACGUCCAAGUCAUCAUUGACCACUUUGUCGGUGAACUCGACCUCAAUAUCAAGGCCCAGUGGUGCAAGAUCGACGAGCCAGUAAAGUUGGAUCAACGGCAAACCCUAAUUGUGUGCAUAUUCGUGCUGUGGACAGCCUUUAUUCUCUUCGGGACUGCCUACGACAUCUACAGGACGAUGGUGUCGACGGAAGAAAUCAAGGAACCUAAAUACCACCCAUUCAUAACCUACCUGUCCGACUCGGUACAGUCGGUCUCUCUUCGAAGGGCGUUCAAGAAACUGAUGGACAUGCCCAACUGGGGCGACUACUCCAACAAGCUUGGGUUCAUUCACGGCGUGCGUGUCUUCUCUGCCACAUGGGUCGUUCUGGGGCACAGCCAUAUGCUUCGGGACCUGCACGCCAGCUCCAACAUGAUUCGUUUCCUCAGGCGGAUACAGGACGACUUCUUGUUCACUGUCCAACUGAACUCCUUCAUGUCUGUUGAGACGUUCCUGGUGAUAACGGGAUUUCUUUCAGGCUAUCUUGUAACCAAAGCACCAAAACUGGACUACCACCCAAUAAUGGUAUUCAUCGUGGCACUUGGGAGGCGCUAUCUCAGGUUUAUCAUGCCAAUGGCAGCGCUGCUGGGCUUCGUAUUCCUCAUCCCAGCCUUGGUGGACGGACCCGUGCUGCACGACUACUGGUCUAUCUUCCAGAAGCCCUGUGACACGAACUGGUGGAAGAUAUUCACUAUGUCCCAAAACUACAUGGAUGACUUCACGGACUUGUGCAUGCCCCACUACUGGUACAUCUCCGUCGACUACCAGCUUGCCCUCGCCAGCACCAUAAUCCUGGUUUUCAUCACGCCUAAAUGGCCCAAGGGAGCCCUGUGGAUCAUGGGACUUAUCGCUGCUGCCACUUGUCUGACAACCGGCAUUCAGAUUUACGUCAAUGACUACGUGCCGUUAAACAUCGUCUUUACCACGAACAUACGGCAGCUUAUCGACUCGGCGAUGAACAUCUACAUCAAGGCGUACACGCACGCGCCGUCGCUGUUUGUGGGCAUGAUCUUCGGCUGCCUGGCCGUAAGGAGGCACCAACUGUCACGAAAGAUGCAGGGUGCUGCAUGGCUUUUGGCUGUCACGGUGUCCCUGGCCGCGCUGCUGGGCAUACGCAGCUGGUUCCACAGCCGCCAGCCAGUGAGGCUCGAGUCGGCCUUUUACGGAGGUCUGCACCGCGUCUCUUGGGGCUUGAGCGUCGGCUGGGUGAUGUACGCUUGCGCCACAGGCCGCGGAGGUUUCGUCACGAAGAUCCUUGCCUGGCCCAUCAUGUACCCACUGGGAAGAUUAUCGUUCUCUGUCUACCUGGUCCAUAUCCUGCUCAUGGCCACCAAUGCUAUUCUUAGUCGGGAGCACGUCACCCAGCAGCCUUUUCUGCAGGCUCAAAUAUACAUCUCCCAAGUCAUCAUGUCCUACGCCCUGGGCGCCAUCGUCUACCUCCUCAUUGAAUGCCCCGUCGCCGGCAUGGAAAAUGAGUUCUUCCGGAGAUUCAUGCCCUUGGAUGGGAUGAAGAGUGACAACACCAAGUACAAUAACGACAACCAAGAACUGAAGGCUGUCCAAGUCGCCACCGGGAAUGUUACCACCAAAAAACAGGACGUGGCAUUGUUCAGGCAUGAGCUUUCCAACGGCUUCCACGACGUCAUAAAGAACGGUUGCAAUGGAAGCCAUCCCAAUGGCUACGUCAACAGCGCCUGUGAAAACGAUCUCGGCGAGAAAGACACGGCAGCCAAUGGCGCCAUCAUUUCAGUGAAAUUCUGAGGACAUGUUGCGUAUCUAGCUACUGAAAUGUGUAAAUAGUGCUACGUGUUUUAUGUUUCUUGUUUCUGUAACUGUUGUGUUUAUAGCAUUGUGAAGGUUUAUAGCAGAUUAUGUGUCUAAAGCCGUGCCCACGGUAAUGGAGCCAUCCGCCGCUGCAGCUCGCAGCGGUUUAAAUUUUUAUAGUUUGUACAUGCGUGCUGUGUAUAGUAGUUGUUGUGGUUAUGCACCUCCAUAAUUUUAUGCACGGAUGUUUGUUCUUUCCUUUCUGUCGGUCAAGUACGAGUCUUUGACCUGUGUCGAAGAAAACGUCAUUCUCAUCAGGUUCAUUGUUUCACUUUUUCUUGCUUCUUUCUCUCUCUAUUGCUCUGUCUCUCAUUCGGUUCACCCGCAGCAGCGUGAUCACGGCGCGUUCGAUGGCAGCUAACUCAUUCGCUCCACCUUGUCGCUCUUCCCCGAGAUCUUAAUUAAGUGCGAAAUGACGCGCACUAAGCUCUGCCAUUUACCGCAUAUUUCUGUAUUUUCGCUCUUCCGCGUGCAGUGAACACAUCCUGCAAAGGAAAGCCAAUCCGUUUUCGGGUCACAUUAGAAGUAAAUAAUUGCACAGUAAUGUUCAGAAAUGUACGCACUUUUACACAAAUGGCUCGAAGGGUGAUUUGUCCAGUUUCUUUUAAAGUUCAUUUUCGCGAAUCCCGGGAAAGACAUGGUUCAAUGUUACGUGAAUUUAUUCUUUGGUUGCCCCGGCCGAUGAUCUACAAGAUAUAGGAGCAUGCGGUACCGUCAGGGAGUGGAAGGAAGACGGGCAUGUUUAGCGAGAUCUUGCAUUCUUCCUCCCCCCCCCUUUCCCUUUCUUUUUUUAGAUUAUCAGAACGCGAUUCAUUGACACGCGCCUCUUCCUCACAACGUGUCCAUUGGCGUGGGAAAAACCUCUGUUUGUCUCGCCUGUCCGAAAGCAAGGAGUUUUUAUUCGUGGCCAACCAUCCGCGGACGUUUUUCGUGCAAGCGUUCAGGGCGGGCUGACCAAGGGUAUGCCAAGGGUCUCCGCGAGCGUAAAGGACAUUUUGCGCUUGCCGUUACGCCAGCGAGCCGCGUCCUUGCUUAAACGGGCACUGGUGACCCUCGGUCACGCGACGUUGUUUGUAUUCUUUAUUGCUGCUAUUGGGUCCAGGCGGUCGCUCUCGUUCGUCUUGUACCGCGAUGUCGAGAGGCAUUAGGAAAACGACGCUUCCAUUGUGAUCGCAUUGUCUCUGGGAACGCAGGCGUGUCAUUGUGAGGCAACGGUAGAGAUUGAAAGUUACUGGAAUGAAUCCCGAUCACGCGCCGUCAGUGUGCCCGGAUGCUCCGCCGCACCCCUUGUGUUUCAUGCUUUGAUUAUAUUAAAGGACGUGCAAAGAAAUGAAACAACGAUACUGAGAAUAAUAUUUACGCCGCGUUUAUGCGUUUCCGGCUCAGUAGGUGUGGGGAGGCUCAUUACACAGUUGCACUUACCUAAACCCAUGUAGAAGCGCGCUGACUGCCCAAGAGCUCAUAAGUGGGCUACAUGCGAGUAUAGCGUCUCCCUGCGCGAUGAUUCUAUGCGUUGCCAGUGCCUAUAUAGCUGAGCACUAUAACGGCGUUUCUACAGCUCAAGCUUCAGGGGCACGAACGUGACACUGAAAUACCCGAACCUGUGGUAAAGGAUGCUGCCAUCGAGCAGCGUCAAAGGGACACUAAAUACUAAUAUUAGGAAGAUUUUGUAUUGGUUAACCAUUCGUCCGAAAGGUAGUUUAAUUUGUACGACGGAGAAAUGCUUAAUACUACAUAGAGAAAAGUGCAAACUUCGCUUAUUAAUAUCGUGCUGAAACCUCGACACCGGUAUAUCAUCGUGAAGUCAUUUUUUUGUUCAUUUCUAGCAUUUGGCCUAUCUUUGGCGCAAAAAAAAUUCUCGGGAUUCACGAAGUUGAGUUUAGUUUCUUUUAGAAUUCAAUGCAGUUCUUAUUUAUUGAUAAACAAUAACUACCCCCCGAAUGACGUCGUCAAAAUCCAUGCCGUCGUGGGGAUAUAGCGCGGGAACUUCGCGGUGACGUCGCCAUCCAGUUUAGUUAUCGCUUUUCACUGCAAAAGCAUUGUAUGCCCCCAUUACGCGAAAAAAACCGGCGUUGUAGUCGGCAGCGUGGCCGAAUGACGGUACCAAAGAACGGCCGACGGCAAAGAGUAAAACAACGUCAAAAAAUGCUCGGAUUGAUGUCAAAUUUCUCAGGAAGGAAUACGUGAAUUUUAGUCUGGGUGGGAGACGAGCCCGCUUCGCCGACUCCACGGCGGCUGCACGGUUCUGAUCGAGUAAUCCCCGUAUGCAGAAAUGCAACUUAAGUUGAAGCCCAUGCUUGACUUGACCUGAGUGACGCCUAUCGGGAACGCGCCGAAGGAAACGCAGUGAGCGUCUUUGGGCACGUUAACGCCAGGCGUCAUGUAAAUCAAGUCAAGCAUGGGCUUCGACUUAAGUUGCAUUUCUGCAUACGGGGGUAAAUGUAUGUCUAGUGCGUGCCUCGUUGGGCACGAGGCGACGCAGCCAAUGGGUAGGAGGUGGCGCCACGUCAUUAGUGCAUAAAAUGAGUUUAUAAACUAAAAAGCAUUGAUGUUCAAUUGAAUGCCGCUGAGCGGCCCUUCGAAUUAUAAACUCGCGGGCGAGCGGGCGAGCGAGCGCGCUGAGACGCUUGGCGCGUUUUCAUCUGGCCUUACCGAGGCGCAGUUGAAACGCAGGCGGGGGCUUGCGCGGACGAAUGACACGCGGAAAAGAAACUAUUUCAUCAAAAGGACUAUAAUGCUUUGGCAUUCCCCCACGUAAGCGGUCUGAAGUGUCUCUGUCGAAUUCUUUUUUUUUUGUUUUUGUGGAGGGGGAGGGGAUUGUAGAGAGUCCCUUCACAAUAAGAGCAGCCGUGUUUGAUAUUCUGGAAGCGAAAUUUACUAGUGCAGCUUAAGGAAAUAUUCAUCUUGAGCGUCCCAUUGUGGGGAAUGAAGCGGCCCCGAAUGAAUCCGAAUCAACUCUUGAAUGUUGCAGUGAAAAAGUGCUUCCUGUUUUGAGGGUGAACCUUGAGGAUGAAACUUGUGACCUUCGAAGCCACUUCCCUACUAAACCUUACGUGAUACGGUCUCCCAUGAUUUCUCUAUCUUUUUUUCCUUCCGUGGUACUUUGUCAUAACAGAAACACAUUUUGCAGUAGCGAACGCUCGCUCCGAGGCGUCAGUCGUAAGGCCAAAUGUUUUAGCGUAAAGCCACCGGUCUGAGAUGCCAUAUAUAAUGCCGCAGCCUCAUGCCACAGAACAGCGAGCGGCCGUUAUUUGCGUUAUUUAUCAAAGACAGGCGUAGACCGCGGAGAGGAAGUCCACCGUGAUACAUGACAGCGUUGAUUUCUACUUUCCUGCUGUGUACGCCUGGUUUUAAUGCGUUCAUGUGUUUGUACGUGUGUUUGUGUGUUCAUGUGCUCUCUGUGUGUUCGUGUGCGUGCGUGCGUGUCUCUGUGUGUUUGUGCGUGUGCGUGUGCGUGUGCGUGCGUGUGUGUGUGUGUGUGUGUGUGUGUGUGUGUGUGUGUGUGUGUGUGUGUGUGUGUGUGUGUGUGUGUGUGUGUGUGCGCGCGUGCGUGCGUGCGUGCGUGCGUGCUCGCGCGCGCUACUAAAGUGUGUUGUUACAAAAUCCAGUGGUCACAGUGCUGUUAUCUUGCUGCUACUCUUUAAACGAGACGUGUAGGAAAGCUGACAAGAGGGAUAUGUUGAACUGGCGGUACGCAAGUCCAAUCUCGCACAGCUUUAAUGCCGAAUUGAAAGUUCAGGAACUGCAUGUGAUAACUAUGGGCGUGGUUUCGGGCUCUCUAACCAUUCGAUAUAAACGCGAAUGAGCGAGAUGUGCAGCUCGUGGUGGGAGUAGUGACAGUGAACAAUAUGUGCUGUGAACUGUUUACAAUGUGAAAUAUGUUUACAUGUACAGUGUACAAUAAAAAUUUUGUUUCCC